CUUUAGUGCACGCCCGCCCUCGAACGGUCAGGUCACGCUGCACGCACACGCUGCACGCACACACGCAGUCGCCAGCCAGCCGGCCAGCAGCUCUCAACCACCGGGCCAACCCAUCCUUCCCUCUCUUUUUUUUCUUUUCUGCCUGUCACAGCCCGCGCCGACCACUUUGACUUUCCCAUACCCAUCUCGCUGCUAUUCCUCGCACAAGACCCUAUUCCCCCUGUCAUUUCCACUCCUCCAUUGCAGGGCUGAACAGUAGGUACAGUGCGAUACACUAUUGAGCACGAUACCUACGUACCUACUGCGCUGCGCUCCCUCGUGCAGUCACGAGCUGACAUUCGUGCCCCCUCCCUCCCCACUUUUGGUCCCCCCUCCGCCGCCGACGCGGCCCCCCGACAUUCUCCUCCAGGCGAGGCCAGGGACCCCCCGCUGCCGCCGCCGCCGCCACGGCACUCCUCCGAACCCGCGUGCGUUUCUGUCAUCGAACCGCCAGCCUGCAGCCCCCUCGCUCGAGUGCAGCCCAGUGCAGUGCAUCCAGGCACGGGUCACCUGGGACCUGCAAGGCAGCUCAUCGUCCGUCUGCGUCGACAGGCACGCUUGUUUGGUUUUUUCGACAUCGCCUUCCUCCGGGACAUUUACGCCCAGGAAAGGUCCCCGCGAUCCCCUCACUUAUUGGACGCCCGAGGCACCCAGAGCCAGCUGCGAUACUUCCAAAAGACCGCGUCUUGCCAGGAAAAACACGGCCCCAGGCUUCACUCGUCAACCUCGCCUCGCCCCUGGGCUCCUUUCCUCCGCUGUCCAUUUACAUGUUUUCAUCAUUUCACCUCCUGUUUUGUUCAAGCUGGCGUCAUGUCUGAGCCUGAACAGUGCAUCAUAUGUUUGGACCCUCUACCGCGCCCCUCGCCCACCGUCAACGGCUCCGCCACAGACGACGCAACCCUGACGGCUGCCGUCGCUGAAGCCGUCUCCGAGGACAACAACUAUCUCAACAUCGUGGCCGCGCUCGACGGCUGCGAACACAUUAUCCACGACACCUGCAUCCGCUCCUGGGCCCAAAAAACAAAUACCUGCCCCAUCUGCCGCGAGCCUUUCCACACAGUCCGCGUCUACAAUGGUGCCGAUGGCACCGCAAUCUCCGUGUACGAUGUCCAGGACAAGAAACAGGUGGCCGAGUUCGACGUCCAGCAGUGGCUGGCUCAGAACCCCGAGCCGGACGAAGACGAGGCCAGCAACCCUUGUCCCAUAUGCAACUCGGCCGACCGGGAGGACAUUCUGCUCCUCUGCGAUAGCUGCGAUGCCGCCUACCAUACCCACUGCAUCGGGCUAGAUUACAUCCCCGAAGGCAACUGGUACUGCAUGGAGUGUGCUCAUCUGUUCCAGCUGGCCGAUGAGCCCGAAGGGUCGGAGGCCGGCGCUCGGUCGCCUCGCCCACAGAGCGUUCGCCGGCCCAGUCCAAGGGGCAUUCGCGGGUAUCACGUCAGAACCAGGGAGCGUCUGAGGAGGGCCCGUCGACAAGCACGCAACGUCGAGUGGCAAGGCGCCUGGGGUCAGUUUGCCGGCAGAUUCUUCGAGAUGAGCGACCUCGACCUCGAUAACCACGACGACGACGAAGACCUCGAACAGUAUCGUUUGUUUCAACAAAAUGAUCAACGAGAGCUGCAGCGCUGGCAACAGCGGCUCAAUAUUGCCCAGCGCCUCGGUGCCCAAGAAGAGUUCGCCCCGAGCAUUCCUCCUCAGAUUAGCGAGCGCCUUCAGCCCGUUCCUCAGCCGGUUGAGGAAACGCGAGACGAACGGCGAGCGUGGGGCGCCCUCGACCGGGCACGAGAGGCUGAGACGCCUGCCACCAAUGGGUCGUCGCGGAAGCGGAAGCCUCGGUCUGUCACGGCGUCGCCAGCAGAGCCUGCCCAGGAGCCAGAACGGAAGUUGAAGAGGCCUCGUACCCGGCGACUACCCACCCAGCCCGAAGCAUCAACAUCGGCGUCAUCGCCAGCCACAACGGCCGGCCCCUCGACAUCGCGGCCAGCGAAUGGCGUAACUCUGAGAAACGGUCCCGGCCGCGUUGAGACGGAAACGCCUCUGGUUUCGUCGCUCUUGAAGGAGUUGGAGCCGAACGCCCCGUCCGAGGACGAGGCGGCGGUGUUGACGCCGACAUGGCGAGUGCCUCCCGAGGCGUCAUCCCCGGCCCUCUCGCCCUCGCCAUCGAAUCACAGCAGCCCCCGGGCGCUGUCCCUGACUCCCCCGCCGCUCCCUCGUACGAACGGUCGGGAGUCGUCCCCAACUUCGCUCAGCACACACAUCGAACCCCGAUAUCCACCAGCCAACUAUUCCCCCAGCCGGCCGACCAGCGACAACAGUGACUCGGACUCCCGACCAGGUCGAGCAGAGGUUCGGCCAAUAGAGUUGCGCCAGCCUCGUCCUCGUCGGCCACAGCAGAUUAGGCCGCGGGUAGAAGAGUCCUCGCCAACGCGGUUAGCCAUGACGCACGAGGAGAAGAAGAGCAUCAACGAUAUUGUCAGAGUCGCUCUGAGACCGCACUGGCGCUCUCAGAAGCUGACAACCGAGCAGUACGAGACAAUUAACCGUGCCGUUUCCCGCAAACUUUACGACGAGGUGAAGGACGCGGCGGCGCUAGACGACGAAUCCAGACGAGCGUGGGAGAAGAGAGCCACGCAGGAGGUGGCGCGAGCGGUUGCAGAGCUUCAAGCCUGAUCUCAGGAAGCAUCGGAGUUCUGUUAUAUCGGUUUGUUUCGCUGAGGCGUUGAGGGCAUUUCGGCAACGCCUGUAUCUUGAUACCCCACUUCAUGACUUGGCCCCAAGGGCAGAGCGUCUUUUCGGCAGGCAAACGCGGCGCAGAGAGAGUCCGUGUGCAGCAGGCGUAUAUGGUCAUAUUGGUUUUGAGAUGGGAUUGGCCCGGAUUCAGGGUACAGGGUCAUGAUUCAGGGCGUUGGACAUUGUAGUAGGAGCUUUCGAAUAUUUUUGGCGGGCAUAGCCUCAUCAGGGGCCAAGCAUAAGACAGCAAUGCGCACAAAUGUCACGAG